AUGACUCUGUUCUUUGUCUUGUUGAGCUUUUCUCUUUUUCAAGCUGCUUUGGCGAAUCCACGGGAAAACUGUCACAAUGCUUUGGAUGCGAUCGAGGUGCAGGUGAUCCAGGAUCCGAAAGUGGAUCAACAGAUGCGAGAAACCAUCCUCAACCAAGUUACAAAGGGAUUUGUUGGAAACGUAGGGGCUUUUUUACAGAUUCUCUCAGCAAAGGCUACCUACAGUGCUAGGCAGAGUAUAGUGGGAGGCGCAUACUGUCUCUUUGUUUUUCAGCAGCAGAACUAUAAUAAUUUUGGGAGCCAAGAAUGUUUGAAAGGAGUGCUAUAUUGUACGAAUAUCAUCAGAUACAACGUCAGAAUGCUGAGUCCGAGAGAGAAGAGGAGUUGCUGCCGUAAUUGUUUCGUACCACGACGUGCUCGUAGACGCGGUUUCAGCAAUCCGUUUGGAUAA